CUGACUUCACUAGCUGCAUGCGGUUCCAGGGUCAGUGACUGAGACAGUAUUGGGGGAGGGGGGGACAGCCAGGCAAGUAGCAUUUAACAUUAAUUGGAUACCACCAAACUGGGUAAAUGGCAGGCAUCAAUGACCUUACAUUUCAAGAGUUUGAUGAUGCAGCCAAUUUAUUAGCUGCCAACCCUGAUGCCACUACUGUAAAUAUCGGAGAUCCUGAAGACGGCAGUGGGAAGAAGAAAGGAUUGCAAUCCAGAGAAGAGGAGGAUGACUUACUGGGAAAUGAAGAUUCUGAUAAAACAGAGCUGCUUGCUGGACAGAAGAAAGCUGCCCCCUUCUGGACGUUCGAAUACUACCAGACUUUCUUUGAUGUUGAUACUUACCAGGUUCUGGAUAGGAUAAAAGGUUCUGUCUUACCAAUACCAGGAAGACAUUUUGUAAGAUUAUAUGUCAGAAGCAAUCCAGAUCUUUAUGGUCCUUUCUGGAUAUGGGCCACCCCGAUUUUCACCAUCACCAUAAGUGGAAAUCUUUCCAACUUUCUGCUGCACAAGGGAGAGCCACAAUACCAUUAUGUGCCUGAAUUUAGAAAAGUUUCCAUUGCUGCCACUGCCAUUUAUGCAUAUGCCUGGUUGGUGCCUCUGGCUCUCUGGGGCUUCCUAUCGUGGAGACACAGCAAAGUGAUGAGUAUGGUGUCCUACUCUUUAAUGGAAAUAGUGUGUGUUUAUGGAUAUUCACUCUUCACUUACACCCCCACCUCUGUCCUGUGGAUCAUUCACUCAGAAAUCCUAUGCUGGGUCCUCAUGUCUUUAGCCAUGUCUUUGUCUGGAGCUGUGCUCAUGCUCACAUUUUGGCCAGCUGUACGGGAAGAUAACAGAAAAGUUGCCAUCUCCACUCUAGUGGCGAUAAUGAUGCUGCAUGUUAUUUUUUCAUUUUGA